AUGUGGAUCGAAAGGGCGGGAGGGAUGAACUCUUUCAGCCGUAAAGAUCUUAAAUUCAUUUUCAAAGUGUUGAUGCAAGAAGUAAACAAGGGUUGCUUUGGUUCGAUGAAGAUGGACACAAAUUGGACCAACUUUACUCACCAUUGUUUAUCCUUACCAACGUCACACCCCACAUCACUCACUACCGUCACAUCCUUGCUCAACGGAAACUUGAUACACCGUCUUUCUUCCCGCAUUACCACAGCUGUCACAUCUUAUGUUCUUAGAGGAAAUCCACUAAUCAAGAAAUCCAUCGCACCCUCAAAAAUAGUAAGAAACUCAUGCAUAGCAUCAAUUAUUAUUAACAGUGCAACGAUGGUUAAGGGUAGCUUUAAGUACUUAGAUUCCCUUGUUCAGAGAAGUGUUGUGCUAAUAAGAGCUGAUUUCUUGACAAAGAAGUGGAAUUUGAGGAUAGGCUCUUCACUCUACAAGGUUGUUAGUGAUGCUCAUUUAUUGAAGGGUCUAAAAAUCUCCUUAAACUACAAGGUGGAGGACCAAAUCUGUAAUUUGAUAUGUAGUGAUACUUGGGUUGUUGGAGAUCUGGGAUACAGGUGGACAGUUGGAGUUGCUUUUUAUUGUGGUGCAAAUUGUUGUGUUCUUAUGUAUGAUUUGAAUGUUACGAAGUCAUUUGAUGAUCUCAACAACUUGAGGGAGGAUUCGUUAUUUAGGUUGUGA